AUGCUAACUAAACAGGGAAAUACUUCUUUGUCUGAACCAACUAAAGACCAAAUACCAAAUAUUGUCAAAGAACUAACUGUCGAACAAGAAUAUCAAGAAGGGAAAGAAUAUGCUCUAAAACAAAUUGUCGAACUUCAUAAAGAUGAAACAGAGGGAGAAUUUCAAACUAUUGAAUUACUAUUAGCACAAUUGGAAAAAACUAAUCAAAGCGUUAGAGAAUGUCAAAAUAAAUUAACUUUGGCAUUAGUGGUAGUUUGUGUAGCAAUAGUAUUAAUAUUAUUUAUUAUCUUUAAAGGAAAAGGUUAUUUUAGUAAAGAUGAAGUAAUUAUUGGGGAUACCAAAGAUAAGCAAGAAUUUCAUAAAGAAGUAGUGGAAUUAAGAAAAAUUGUUGAGGAAAUGAAAACAAAUCAAAAUAAAGAAACACAUGCCAAGAAAUAG